UAGCGUUGAUGAUGGUGGGUGCGGUCAACGGCGUGUUCCCAGAAAUUUCGCUUCACAAAUUCUACAGUUAAGCCCUCAUCAAAUAAUAUGUCUAGCAACACAUUGACUUGCUACAUUUCUGUUCUUCCAUGUUCAAAAUGGCUUCCCUUACUCUGAUUUCUGUCUUUUGUCUGUUGAUGCUACGUUUCCGUUCUUCAAUUUAUGCUCAGCAGCCUUAUGUUAGAAAAGCUACAACAGCCUGCCGCAUAGUGAAUACUUCAAAUUCAAACUCUGUUCUUGGGUACUCCUGUAAUGGCCUACACAGGAAUUGCAAAGCUUAUCUUAUCUUCAGAUCUCUCCCUCCUUUCAACACUGUAGCUUCCAUCUCCACACUCCUGAACUCUGAUCCAUCUCAGCUCUCUCAAAUAAAUGGAGUUAAUGAGAGUGCUACAUUCGCAACAAAUUGGCGGGUUAUAGUUCCAGUAAACUGCUCUUGUUCAGGUAAGUAUUACCAGGCAAACACCACUCAUGCUAUUCAGCACGAUGACACCUAUUUCGUUAUAGCAAAUAAUACCUUCCAAGGAUUGUCAACUUGCCAAGCUCUGAAGCAACAAAACAUUAUUCUUACUAAGAAUUUAUAUUCUGGUACAAGACUCACUGUUCCUCUUAGAUGUGCCUGUCCCACGAAGAACCAAUCUCAUGUCAAAGUUCAGUAUCUAUUGAGCUACAUAGUCACUUGGGGUGACACCAUUUCUCGUAUUAGUGCAAGAUAUGGUGUUGAUACUGGAAGGACUCUUGAAGCUAAUGAGAUUUCUGAGGAAGCACCCACUAUUUAUCCCUUCACCACAGUACUAGUUCCCUUACAAAAUUUGCCAACAGAUCCUCAAACCGCAGAGCCGCCACCACCACCUCCAUCUUCACCUUCACCCCCAUCUUCUAAAUCUGGCUCCAAUGGAGGCUCAGGGAAAACUUGGAUUUAUGCCGUUGUAGGGGUUCUUGCAGGCAGUGCUCUAACAUUGAUCUUCGGUGGGGUAGUUUUCUUUCUGUUGAUUCGUAGAAGUAAGAGGGAGCCUGUGGCAACCGUCGUCUCAGAUAGCUUUGAGGAACGUGUAAUGCCAUUAAACAAAAACUCGGACGAAGAAUCUCAGGAAGUUUUAGACGUUAUGUCUCAUGUAGCUCAAUCUCUGAAGGUGUACGAUUUUAAAGAGCUUCAAUCUGCAACAGAUAAUUUCAGCUCCAGUUGUUGGAUUAAAGGAUCUGUUUAUCGUGGCACAAUAAAUGGUGAUUUUUCUGCCAUUAAGAAAAUGAAUGGAGAUGUGUCGAAGGAGAUAAAUUUAUUGAACAAGAUCAAUCAUUCUAGUCUAGUCCACCUAUCUGGGGUUUGUUUCAAUGAAGGAAAUUGGUAUUUGGUUUAUGAGUUUGCUGACAAUGGACCCUUGAGUGACUGGAUUUAUGACAACAGAAAUGAAGGGAAAGUUUUAAAUUGGGUACAAAGAAUACAAAUUGCAUUGGAUGUAGCCACAGGACUUGAGUAUCUGCAUAGCUUCACCAGUCCUCCUCAUGUUCACCAAGAUAUCAAUAGCGGUAAUGUUCUACUUGAUAGUGAUUUCAGGGCUAAAAUAGCAAACUUUUCUCUAGCAAGGCCAACAGAGGGGCAGGGAGGUCAGUUUGCCUUGACAAGGCAUAUUGUAGGGACUAAAGGCUUCAUGGCUCCUGAGUAUCUUGAAAAUGGUAUAGUUUCCACAAAGCUUGAUGUCUAUGCAUUUGGUGUUCUGAUGCUGGAGAUACUCACUGGGAAAGAAGCUGCUGCAUUAUAUGGAGAAGAUAAUACGUAUUUAUCAGAUGCCUUGGAUGUUGUGCUUAAAGAUGGGCACGAAAAUUUGGGACACUUCAUAGAUCCCUCUAUGCAGGGGAACUAUCCUUCCGAACUUGCUAUGACUGUGAUCAGAUUGAUUGAAAGUUGCUUGAAUAAAAGUGCUAUUCAUCGUCCAGCCAUGGAUGAAAUAGUGCAUUCUCUCUCGAGAAUCUUGAACGCUUCAUUGACUGGGGAAUUGUCAAACAACAUCUCAGGCUAAAUGGUACUAGAUUGUAGUUUGAGCUCCCAAGGAAAAAGUAAGAAUUUCAACUCAUCUUUUUUCAGCUUCCCUUUUAUCCAUUGAUUGCCCUGCUACCAGUUUCUGGAAUUCAAUGCGCACGUUCUAGGUAUCUAGUGAAAUUUGUGCUUAUUCAUCUGGGUUAUUCCUCAUUGUCUUGGAUUAUGUUCAAAUUCUGCUAUUAAUCCAAGGAAAAUGAAGUGUUGCAUCAAAA